AAAUUUUAAUUAUAUAUUUCAAUAUUAAAACAAUUUUUAAAAGGUUCCCCAAACUUUAUUUAUUUAUUUUUAAUUUUUUUAUAAUAGUAUUAAUUUUUAUUUGAAAAUAAUAAAAAAAAAGUAAAAAACUUUUGAUCAAACUAACGAUUGAAUGAAGUGAAAAAAAAAAUCUAGCUGGAAAAUAAUCUGGUAAAAACAAACAUUGUAUCUCCGACGACGGAGAUAAGAAACGUUAAACGAUGUCGUCGCCGGACAUUGCUUCAAUCAUGGACAACUCAAGGGAACUCGAUCGAUUAAGGAAAGAUCAAGAAGAGGUGCUUGUUGAAAUCAAUAAGCUUCAUAAAAAGCUUCAAGCCACUCCUGAGGUAGUUGAGAAACCCGGUGAUUCUUCAUUGUCAAGGCUAAAAAGUUUGUAUAUUCAAGCUAAAGAUCUUUCAGAGCGAGAAGUAGUGAUUUCCAAUUCCUUAGUAAGUAAACUUGACACUUUCCUGCCAUCCGGAGCACCAGGACAACAGCGAAGAAAAAUGGAUGGUAGUGACCAGAAAAGGAGAAGAAUGAAAUCUGAUUCAGAUAUCUCUCGCCUUUCUCCUUCUAUGCGGAGUCAUAUUGAGGCUUGUCUUAGUCUCAAAGACGAACAGGUAGCUGCGAGAGUCACCUCAGAUGCCGAGAAGGAUGAGUGGUUUGUCGUAAAAGUGAUCAAUUUUGAUGAGAAAACAAAAGAAUUCGAAGUACUUGAUGAGGAACCAGGUGAUGAUGAAGAGGGCGGUGUCCAAAAGAAAUACAAGCUGCCUGCAUCUUGCAUCAUACCAUUCCCGAAACGACAUGAUCCUUCUGGUACUCAAGAAUUCCCUGCAGGGAGAAAUGUUUUGGCUGUUUAUCCGGGAACAACUGCACUCUAUAAAGCAACUGUCAUUAGUACACCUCGAAAGAGGAAAUCUGAUGAGUAUCUAUUGGAAUUCGAUGACGAUGAAGAAGACGGAGCUUUGCCGCAAAGGACGGUACCGUUUCACAAGGUGGUUCCAUUGCCAGAUGGGCAUAGGCAAUGAGAUUUGUGUAUAAAAAUGUGUAUAUUAAAUUAGAAUUUGGCGUUUAAAACAUGUGAAUCUGAACCCUGAUUAUCAUGUAUUGGCUUAGCAAUGAAAGAUUGACAAUCUGAUAUCUAUUUUUGUUACUUAAA